AUGCUGUCGAGACGUGUAUUGAGAUUUUCAGACUGUCCUCACCAUCGAUGGCGUUUACGACAAAACCAUCUUCUUCAACCCGUCUACCUGAUGGGACUGUUCUCUGUGAUUGGAAUCGUCCUUAUUUGGUACGGCGUCAACUCAGAUCGCGAAUAUAUCUACCUUUUACUUACUCAGGUAAUCCCUGCGGGUCACUGCGCGUGUCUAACAUCAACCACUUUUCAAUGUGCAAGCUGCUUGAACUGCGCCUACAAGGGGCCUCCCCCUCAGAUUGGACUUCCUGCUGCCUCGACCUGGAAGUUUGAGGCUGGUCGAGAUGGUGACAAUCAAGCAUUGAGUCGAGCCCAGUGCAUGCCUUCUUUCCCAGGUUUGUUCGAAGACAUCUUGCGUGCAGGGACAUUCUGGAGAGCGCACGGUGGUCUUGACGUCAAGCACUUGGAUAACAUCCCGUUAAAGCAUGGCAUGGCGCGGGCGUUCAUACAACGCGGGGAGCUUUACGUGGUGAACGCGCUGUCACGAGGUGAAGAUCAUCGACGAAAGAUUUUAGCUGUCCUGAGUGCCAUACACCGUGCCUUGAUCACAAACCCCGAACGAGCCCCCAAACAAGAUCUGGAGUUUGUCUUCUCUGUGGAGGAUAAAGUCACGGAUGUGACCACUGGCGACCAGCCUAUCUGGGCAUUUGCAAGGUCUGCCGGUGAAGAGGCGGUUUGGCUCAUGCCUGAUUUCGGCUACUGGGCAUGGGAGAAUGUAGUCGACCACAUCAAGUGUACAGAAAUCUCCUGGUCUCAAAAGAAUAGACAGCUCGUCUGGCGAGGAAAGCCCAGUUUCGCACCUAAGCUGCGGUGCGCACUGAUGGAUGCUGCGCGUGGCCAGCCGUGGGGUGAUGUCAAAGGCUACAUGUUCAUCGCCCACGUUGAAGGACGAUCUUAUUCUGCGUCUCUAAAUUAUUGCCAGGCGUGCAACUCAGUUGUUGUAGCUCACAAGCUGCAGUAUAUCCAGCAACUCCACUACCUGCUUGUUUCAGAAGGACCGAGCCAGAAUUACGUCGAAGUCAAAAGGAGUUUCAGUGACUUAGCAGCCAAUUUGGAGCCGUUGUUGGACGAUCCAUCACGAGCAGAACGAAUUGCCACCAACAGUAUACAAACAUUCCGCGACCGAUAUUACACCAAGGCUGCGGAAGCGUGCUACUGGCGUAUGCUCUUCGAGGGGUACAGUGGCGUCUGGAAUAGCAGUGUUCCGGAUAAUCUAAGUCAUCAACAAAAGAAACGAGGCUUCCGAUACGAGUCGUUUAAUCUUCUGGACAGUCGCAUGAUGUUUGAAUUUGACGCGACGAGCGCAACAAGCACGUUGAGCUGA